CCUGUCAGUUGACGUGCAACUCACUGGCUAGUAAAGGAUUUGGAUAAAAAGUGUGAAACAUUUGCAGACCGAUUUUUUUUUUGACGGUUCCUUCUUUCAAGGAGAGUAAAACGGUCUCACGGGCGUGUUGAUGAACUGGCAAGUGUGUGUGUACGUAUUGCCAGCUGAUGAGUUGCUAAUGCACGCAAUGGGACUCAAGUGGGAUUGCAAGGCACACAUUUGCAGCGAAAAACAAAUGUCUGUCUCGAAAGCGCGAACUAGUCACUGGAUCCCUACCCAGCAUCCUUUGCAGUGUCAGGUUACCCCUCGUUCUCAAGGACUCGUCUCCAUGGUGAUGGACCGGAGCCAGAAUCCAUCAACAUGUCUAUGGCAAGCCGUUGAGUGUGAAGGAUGAACCAGAGCAGCAGCCGCCAUGGCCUGCAGCAGCGCUCCCAGUAACGCCGAAACGCUGGAAGGCUUCCAUGAGGUCAACCUGGCCUCGCCCACCACGCCCGACCUGCUGCAGAACCAAGCGGAGCAGCGCCCCGCCGCCUGCCGCGGCGAGCCGCCCACGUCCCUGUACCGCACGCACUCGCUGGGGGCGCCGCCCCCUGGGCCGCGCUCGUCGCUGCGGGCCGACCUGCUCCCCACGCGGCCCGUCUACUCCACACCCACGCACGCCCGCAAUGGCAGCGUGCAGGGCGCCGAGGCGGACGUGGCCGAGGGCAACUUCCCGUCGGCCGAUGACGGCGGCGACUGCGGCGCCCUGAACGAGAGUUUUUCACGGCUACGCAGCCCGUCGGUCAUGGAGGUGCGAGAGAAAGGAUACGAGCGGCUCAAGGACGAGCUGACCAAAGCGCAGAGGGAAUUGCUGUUGAAGGAUGAGGAGUGUGAGAGGUUGUCAAAAGUGCGAGAUCAGCUGGGCCAGGAGCUGGAGGAGCUGACCGCCAGCCUCUUCCAGGAGGCCCACAGGAUGGUGCGGGAGGCCAACGUCAAGCAGGCCAACGCCGAGAAGCAGCUGAAGGAAGCCCUGGGCAAGAUUGACGUCCUGCAGGCGGAGGUGCAGGCCCUGAAGACGCUGGUCCUGUCCUCGCCCACGUCUCCCGUGGGCGAGCUCCCCGCCGUGGGCGGCGGCGGCGGGAAGGCGGCCUUCCGGAAGGGCCACAGCAGGAACAAGAGCACCUCCUCGGCCAUCUUGGGAACGCAAGCCGACGCGUCGGCCACGCAGCCCAUCGUGCGGGAGUGUCGAGAGGCGGACGCGCAGCUCUUCAGCGAGUUCAAGGCGUGGAGGGAGGAGCCCACGCUGGACCGCCGCUGCUGCUUCCUGGAGCGAGUUUACCGCGAGGACAUCUAUCCGUGCCUCACCUUCAGCAAGAGCGAGCUGGGUUCGUCCAUCUUGGAAUCGGUGGAGCAGAACACACUCAGCGUGGAGCCGGUGGGCUUCCAACCACUGCCCGUCGUCAAAGCCUCGGCCGUCGAGUGUGGCGGACCAAAGAAGUGCGCCCUCAGUGGCCAGACCAAAACCUGCAAGCACAGAAUUAAGUUUGGGGACUCAUCCAACUAUUACUUUGUGUCUCCAUACUGCCGAUACCGAAUCACGGCGGUGUGUAAUUUCUUCACAUACAUUCGUUACAUCCACCAGGGGCUCGUUAAGCAGCAGGACGCGGAACAGAUGUUCUGGGAGGUGAUGCAGCUGCGCCGGGAGAUGUCCCUGGCCAAGCUGGGCUACUUUAAAGACAACCUGUGACUGACUUGAUUGUCUUCCGGACCGCCCCCGCCGGAUCAACCCGCUGUUCAGCAUUUGUUUGUCACCACACCAAACACUCGGCAGUGUUACGUUGACGACCGUUUCAAUUAACAUUUCAUUCCACCCUAGAAUGAAUGAAUGAAUAGAUAAAUAAAUAAGAAGAAGAGUAAUAGACCUUACAGUGACGGCAUUUCAGAUUUUUUUUUUUGCAACCCAGGUUAUGCCACAGAAUGAUGCCACCCAUAUUUGAAGCGCGUUUCAAACUUGAUUUGAAAGACGGACUUUGGCCGGUGCAACGAUCAUCUUUUCAUUUUGUGAAAAAUGUUAAUUUCUCUUGUCAUGUGUAUAACAAAUGAAAACACUCUGAAGGGCGUUUGCAAUGGUUAUCCUUCCCACCCCCUCCCCUCACCUUGUUUUUUUUUUUCUGUGUGCGCGUGCGUGACUAAACUUUCCAUUUGCUCAAGUGAAUGUGACUUUCUCUGUCAUUCAAAGUCAACGUCACUCACUCGUCUCCCAUGUUGGUUGCGUGCCUUUUCUCUCACUAUGAAAUAAAUGAAAAAAAAAAAACA